AUGAUUGGAAUUUUAACUUUGUUCCGGAACGUUCGAAUAGCCAGAUUGGACAUCUCAAAACCGGAGAAAGUGCUGGAGAGUUGGGACAACCACUACAAGAAUGUUCUACCGGACUGUUUGGCCUCACCUCGAUGCCGUGUUGUGCGCUAUGAGGACCUUGUGUUGCGACCCAAGGAAAAUUUGCGCGGCAUCCUCAAGGCGUUGGCUGCUUGGUCUCACCCGAACUCAGAAAUACCAAGAAGUUUGAUUAAGAAGUCCCAGUCUUUCGAAACGAUGCGCCAAUUCGGAUAUGCCAAUCUUAGCAUUCCACCAGUCUACGGAAUUCCCGAACCAGAAGUUGAAGAACGUGCACGAUUAUUGAAACAGAAUCAAGAAUUCCAAAAACUUUUUAAUACCACGGCAGACAAAUCCUGA